UUUCCACAUUGCGAACAGGAGGUGAUUAGUGCACAAUUAUGUACCCAUGCUGUUGGUCAGCUAAGAAAAAUACCAGAUCUACGUGUACAGUUGUAUACAUCCACCAUGAAAGUAGAAGAAGAGUUGGAUGAGCAUGUGAAUCAAGAGUUUCUUGAAGAUCCACUAAAGAUUGUAAUUCCUAGUAUUCAUAUAAAGCAAGACACAGAACUGAAACAGGAUUUGGAUGGCCCUGAGCAUGAUUUUCUUGGAGAUCACUUGGGGAUCUCUCGUCCAAGUGAUUUUAUCAAGGAGGAUCCUGAACUAAAUUUGGAUGUGGAUGGAACUGAGAAUACUGUGGCUGCCUCGAUAAGAAAUGCAUCUGAUAAUGUAAGUUUCAUUCAUAGUGCUGGUGAGACCUGUGACAUUUCGUCUCAAGAAACAUUGAAUGAAGGAGUAGUCGACAACGAGCUGGAGAUAGAUGCAGAGAAGUCAAUAGAUUUCACUAUGUUUGGCUCAUAAAUCAUGUCUUCAUCCACAUUGAUGGUGGGCAGGCACCUGCAUGUGUGUGCAAGUCAUGUGGUGAGGUAUUGCCUACUGUUGACUGCUUGAAAAAACAUUUGGGAAUGAGUGAGGGUGACCAAGCAUUAUUGGCUGCCAACAGUGACAAACUUGACUGCUGUGAUGACUAUGAGAACAUCCCCUCAGAGAGUGUACAAGAAGGAAUCAUGGAACAGAAUGAGAAGCAGUCUUCAGACAAGGAAACUAGGAAAACUUUCAAGAAAUCCAUUAAUGACAUACGUAAUACUCUUACUGUGACACAGCCUGGAGAAAAAUCUGAAAGAUGUAAUGAUUAUGGAGUUUUAUCUAGAAGUGAUCAUGUAAAUGUCAACACUGUUCUAAGUGCAAAGAGACAUUACAAAUGUGAUGUUUGUGGUAAAUUGUUUACUCUGUUAGGUAAUCUUAAGAGACACAAAUUAAUACACACUGGGGAUAAGCCCCACAAAUGCAGUGUUUGUGGAAAAUCUUUUACUCAAUCGGGCGAUCUGAAGAGACAUGAAUUAAUACACACUGGACACAGACCACACAAAUGUGUUACUUGUGGCAAAUCUUUUAAUGUAUUGGGUAAUCUGAAGACUCAUGUAUUAAUACACACUGGACAGAGGCCACACAAAUGUGAUACUUGUGGCAAAUCUUUUAAGGCACUGUAUCAUCUCAAGACCCAUUUGUUGAUACACACUGGAAAGAGACCCUACAAAUGUAGUCUUUGUGAAAAAUCGUUUACUCAAUGGAGCAGUCUGUACAGACAUAAAUUAAUACACCCUGGACAGAGACCACACAAAUGCAAUGUUUGUGACAAAUCUUUUUCACAACUGAGUCAUCUAAAGACACACAUUUUAAUACACGCAGGAAAGGGACCCCAUAAAUGUGAUACUUGUGGCUAAUAUUUUUCUCGCUGGGGUAAUCUCAAGACACAAACUUUAGUACAAAAAUGUAGUGUUUGUGGAAAAUCAUUUACUGAUAUGGGUACUGUAAAGAAACAUAGAUAAUACACAUGGGACAGACGCCGCACAGAUGUGUUACCUGUGGCAAAUCUUUUAAUUUACUGGGUAACCUCAAGACCGCAUGUUAAUACACAGCAGAAAGAGACCCAACAAAUGUAAUUCUUUUGGAAAACCGUCUGAUCACUCGAGCAAUCUCAAGGCAAUAAUUAGUACACAUUGAAGAAAGAUCUUUGUGGGGAAAUAUUUUACAGACAUUGAUCAUCGUAAGAAGCAUGCAAUAACACACACUGAGAAGAGACUACUCACAGUAUUGUUGAGGUUACACGUGUUGAAAGAAGACCACACAUGUGUUAUGAUACUUGUUUGCAUGUGCUAGAGAGGGUCACAAAAAUGACAAAUUGACUUCUGCAGCUUCACAUUUCAAGAAGAUGCAUACUAAAUACUACAUAUGAAUCUCACUAUUGCGAUUUUGUUUUGUGAUAAAUGCUCCAUGCUUUAAUGAAAACUGUCUACCAGAAAUUUGUACAUUGAGAUAUGUUUCAAUCGCUUGAGUAGAAGUUCCAUCCAGUAAUCAGGACCCCAUAUGCUUCAAGAGAAUGGAACAGUAUGUUGCAAAUUAUUUGAAAGGUACUGCAAUUUCAAGAUUCAUGGAGCUGUAUGCACUAGCCAGGCGACAGCAAAAAUGUGUUCAUUACACAUUCGUCACUGUGGCUAUUUAUCUCAACAAUGGAGAAUGAUACAAAAAUCUCAUGGUUAUGCAAACACUUUACUGAGGUAUUCCUCCUUAAUAUUAAUGCUGUGUGUGUGUAAUUAAUAAUUUGCAUAUAUGUGAAAUUUCUUGUGCUAGUUCUCCAUUAGCAAGUAACUGAUAGUGGCAAGUAUGCAGUGAUAAGCCAGAAAUUAUCAUGUGCCUAGUAGCAUUUUGAUCCACCUUCAGAAUGCAAUACAACAGAGCUCCUGCAUGGUAUGGUCUCAUUAGUUUUUUUGUUAGUUUUCCAAUAUACAUUAGACUAUAUAUUUCUACACAUAGUUCACACAGUUCCCAUAAAUUACAGAUUAUUGGUUUGUUGCUGUGUAGAUAGUGUGCAAUACCAACCAAAUUUGUUUCAUCUUGAUGUAAUGAGGUGAAGUGGGUGGGCAAGACAACAGUGUCAGCAAUCAUGCUUCUCAAACCAUUGUUGUGCGAUUCUGGCCUUGGGACUUGGACAGUUAUCCUACUGCAAGAUGAUUCUACUGUCAGGGAAGUGAUGCAGAGGUUGCAAUAAUGUUUGUGUUGUUCACAGUUGUCAUUGUGCUGUCAAUUAUGGCCAGCUGUGUCUUAGCAUUUCAUAUGAGUAUCCCAUAUAGCAAGACAUUCCCUCCAUCUUCCUGCACCUGCUGUGUGGUGCAUGUUUCGAACAACCAUUCAUCUGGAUGAUGGCAUAUCUGGGCACAACCAUUGACCUGGUCCAUCAAGAAAUAUCAAUUCUGCCAACAUGUGACAUCUUUAUAGGUAUGGACUCAAAUUUCAAUUGUCCCAUUUCCACUGUUGUUGUAACUGACAAUGUUGUUAGAUCAACAUGCUAAUACAAAGCUGUUAUAUAACUUUGCGGCCUCAUGUUCAGCAAUGUCUGCUGAAUUGCUUGAGACUGCUCAAGCAUUAUUUCUUGUCUUCACAGAUUGGCAUCUAUCCUGGUUUACAGAUCAAUGGGAGCAUCUGAGCAGCCAAUCAGAUUCACUGCUUGUGAGAUGCACUUACCCAGGCACCAAGUGAAACAGUCUGCUCUUUGGCAAAGUUAUUUAUGUCAGUUGUUUUUCACAUACUGCAGCUAGAAUUUUCACCCUUUCAUUUUGGGUUUUAUGGUUUCAUUACUGUGUGAUACACCCACAAUGCCACUGGGUAGCAUAUGGCCCUCAUAGGCAAGUGGGUAUAAUGAUUUGGAUCAACAGUGUAUCUUCAUGCAAAAGGGUCAUUUGGUAAAUUCUGUAGUAAUUGAAAUUUUCAUGCUUUGUUAAAUUUUAUACAAAUACACUACAGUCAGUUUAAGAGCUAUAUUUCUUGUGAAAUAUUUUUGUGUAUUACAAAGCCCUGUACAUAGUUCUGAGUCAAUGAAGAAUAGUUCUAUGCAUCAAAUCUUUUAAUUAUGUGUCUGUUUUUAAUUAUAAUGUAACUGCUGCAUGAACAUAUGUGGGAAAACUAUGUCAUCAUGUAGUGUCAGAUUAUAAUUCCAGUUGUGUGUAUAAAACACAAGGACAAUUGAAAGAGCUGAAAGUGUGAUUAUUAGAAUAUGAAUUUAAUCCAGAUGCA